AAACACAAAAUGAUUUUAUGGAGUAUGCAUAUAGCAUUUACAGCCAUAAGAGUACAUGAAGUCCAAGAGGAAGUAUGUGUGUAAAUAACGAAGAGGUACAAGGACAGAAGCCUUGGAAACAUCAACAGGUCUGGAAGAGAGGGAGGAACCAGAAAAAAAGACUGGAGAGGAGCCAACCUCCCCCUGCUCCCCUUCCCCCUGACUCUAUGAGGUAGGAGGAAAAUGGAUAUUGUGUGUGUUGUCCUGAAGACAAAGGAAGAAGGUGUUCUAAGGAGGAGGAAGUGAUCGACUGUGUCAAAUGCUGCAGAUCAAGCAAAUGAAAUGACUGAAAGUUUCCAUGAAUGCCGGGGGUAAAACCUGAUUGAAGUGAGUUCAAGUGGUGAUAGAAGAGCCUUAGCACAGCCUCUUGGAACUGCCAGAUUCUAGGGGGUUGACUUCUGCAAACUACAUGUCCGAGACUCCCUAACCGACUUGCUUCCUGGUAUCCCUCUCUCAGAUCCAAACAUUGCUCAGUUUAGCAGAAACAUCAAGGAACAUGGGUAAAGUGGAAACACUGUGCUUGACAUCUUCUCUGAUAUUUCCUGAACUUGUUUCUCAAAAAUUUUUGUUUGUUUUGCUGUAACGAGAGAGGAAGGAACAAGAGAGUGACAGGGUGAAGCAACUUCUCCCAGAAACUUUUGGGCGCAAACGCCCUCAAGUCCGGAUCAUUGGAAAGUAACUCGAAGAGAGGAGAGAACGAGCGCAAGCGUAGCCUCAAGGCGGCCGCAAUCACCCCGCCCCGGGGCUGUCUCCGCCCCAGCCCUGUCUUCGCGUUCCGGGUUCCGGGUUCCGGGGGGAGUGUGUUACGGGGACACUGGCCCGACUACUUUCGUUCCGUCUUCCAUCGUUUUCUCUCGUGCAAUGGCGUCCGGGCUGGUAAGAUUGCUGCAGCAGGGGCCUCGCUGCCUCCUGGCUCCAGUCGCCCCCAAGCUGGUCCCUCCGGUUCGGGGAGUGAAGAAGGGAUUCCGCGCCGCCUUCCGCUUCCAGAAGGAGUUAGAGCGGCAGCGCCUUCUGCGGUGCCCGCCGCCGCCCGUGCGCCGUUCAGAGAAGCCGAACUGGGAUUACCAUGCAGAAAUACAAGCUUUUGGACAUCGGUUACAGGAAAACUUUUCCUUAGAUCUUCUCAAAACUGCAUUUGUUAAUAGCUGCUAUAUUAAAAGUGAGGAGGCCAAACGCCAACAACUUGGGAUAGAGAAAGAAGCUGUUCUUCUGAAUCUUAAAAGUAAUCAAGAACUAUCCGAACAAGGGACAUCUUUUUCACAGACUUGCCUUACACAGUUUCUUGAAGACGAGUACCCAGACAUGCCCACUGAAGGCAUAAAAAAUCUUGUUGACUUUCUCACUGGUGAGGAAGUCGUGUGUCACGUGGCUAGAAACUUGGCUGUGGAGCAGUUAACACUGAGUGAGGAAUUCCCAGUGCCCCCAACUGUGUUACAGCAGACUUUCUUUGCAGUUAUUGGAGCCCUGUUACAGAGCAGUGGACCUGAGAGGACUGCACUUUUCAUCAGGGACUUCUUAAUUACUCAAAUGACUGGAAAAGAGCUCUUUGAGAUGUGGAAGAUAAUAAAUCCCAUGGGGCUAUUGGUAGAAGAACUGAAGAAAAGGAAUGUUUCACCUCCUGAAUCAAGACUUACCAGGCAGUCUGGUGGCACCACAGCUUUGCCUUUGUAUUUUGUUGGCUUAUACUGUGAUAAAAAGUUGAUUGCAGAAGGACCUGGGGAAACAGUAUUGGUUGCAGAAGAAGAGGCUGCUCGAGUGGCCCUUAGAAAACUUUACGGAUUCACAGAAAAUAGACGGCCGUGGAACUAUUCCAAGCCCAAAGAAACCUUGAGAGCAGAAAAGAGCAUCACUGCCAGCUAGCCGCUGUGGUUGCAGCAGCCUGAAACUUGAGAGCGAAAGUGAGAUAAAUGUCAAAGGUGUUUCAAGCCAGACAUUUUCACAAUUGUGAAGAAAUAGAUGUUGUUUUGUUUGUUUCUGUUUUUUACUGUGUUCCCAAAAUUAAAUAAAUGUUAACCAAGUCACAGUGUUUUUGGUUUUGUUUUUCUGAAAUCUUGGUUUGAUCAAAUCUUUUUUUUUUCUCUUGAGAUGGAGUCUUACUCUGCCACCCAGGCUGGACUGCAGUGGUGUGAUCUCGGCUCACUGCAACCUCCACCUCACAGGUUCAAGCGAUUCUCGUGGCUCAGCCUCCCUAGUAGCUGGGAUUACAGGCACACGCCACCAUACCCGGCUAAUUUUUGUAUUUUUGGUAGAGAUGGGGUUUCACCAAGUUGGCUAGGCUGGUCUUGAACUCCUGACCUCAGGUGAUCCACCCGUCUUGGCCUCCCAAAGUGCUGGGAUUACAGGUGUGAGCCACUGUACCCGACCAGAUCAAAUCUUUUUUUUGACAUUUUUGCAAAAAAAUUUUCCUAAUGUUCUUGAUUUAAUUGUAUAGAAUUUGUAUAAUUAGGUGUAUUUUAUUUGCCUCUAGCUUUGAGGUAUCAUAAUUUAUGUAUCUUAUGUGAAUUUUUUGCUGUAAUACCAAUAAAGUUUUUUUUCUCCACAUGUUAA